GCUGAAAUCAAUCAUUGUUCUUCUGAUAAAUGAUAAUGGCUAGCUCUGAUUAGCGAUUCAGAAAUUAAUUUUUGUUUUUUUUAAACUAAUAUAACUAAUUAGAUUACAUUUCUGCGUAUUUUAAUGGGUUAUUGUGAAUACUGAAACUCUAUUUAGACGUGAGACAGCUCAAGUUUCGGGAAACACCGUCCGUAAUUAGCGACGAAUGAUCAUCGAGUCGUAGUUUUCAUUUCUCAAAAAGUUCGCAUAAUGUUGACUGUAAACAUGAUGACUUGAAUGCAGUCAAUAAAGAAGCUAGCAUCGGAGAAAGAAAACACAUUUCUUCCUAUCAAUUCAAAUUAAUGACAAAAAUUUAUUGGACAUCCGAGCAUGGACGAAGUCAAAGUAAUACAGCAGAAAGACCUCGAAAAAUGUUCCGAUUGUUCCAUCGAUAUGCCCCAUAUGUGUCAGAACGAAGCGACUUUUUAUAAACAAAAACCCUUCUCAAGUAACACGAGAUGUCCAUCUCAGUCGUCGAGUAUUAGUUCAAAUUCUGGCGAUAUAUGCAGAAUAUGCCAUUGCGAAGGAGCACCGGAUUUACCCUUGAUUACGCCCUGUUAUUGCUCUGGAUCACUGAGAUAUGUUCAUCAGACAUGUUUACAACAAUGGAUCAAAUCGUCUAACAUACGGAACUGUGAAUUAUGUAAAUUCCAAUUUAUAAUGCAAACAAAGGUGAAACCUUUCAACGAGUGGGAGUAUUUAGAAAUGACCGGCUUGGAACGUAAAAAAUUACUUUGCGCGAUGUUAUUUCAUAUUAUUGCGAUGACUUGCGUGUGUUGGUCUUUAUACGUGCUGAUUGAUAGGACUCUAGAUGAAGUACAAAAAGGCCAUCUCGAAUGGCCCUUCUGGACUAAACUUAUCGUCGUCGGAAUUGGAUUCAUGGGUGGUAUUGUUUUCAUGUACAUCCAAUGUAAGGCUUACUUCAUUCUGUGCCAGCGUUGGAAGGCUUAUAACAGGGUAAUAUACGUUCAAAACGCUCCCGAAAAGAACACUUCGAUUCCGGACCGAGACACGAACGAAGCUAGUUGCUCGUUCAAGCGCACCGAUUCGAGUAAACGAAGCUCGGAAAAUAUGCCGGAAACGAGUUGCAUCGAUAUCAAAGGCGUAAGAAACCUGCAUAUAUUUUUUAGCGAAGAAAAUCAAAUCCGUUUGCAUCGAAAUGACAGGCUAUCGGAGAACAGAGCCGCGUUAAUGCAAAACGAGCAAUAUGCUAAUUGCAAAGAAGUAAUGAAUAACGGGACGAAAAUGGACAAAGGAGGUCACAAGUGCGGAAACACCUCGUUACACAUUCAGAUUGGUAACAUGGAUUGCAAUCGAGCCGUAGAUCGACCUUCUUGUAACGCCAAUUCAAACCAAUCUGACGCGAAAAUCUACGGCGGCGCUCUUUGCCCUUCGGAUUUGAACGUCAAUCGACUGCCAGAAUGUGAUAAUAAGGAGAAAUUUCGAAACGAAUUCAAAAGCGACCAAUCGGUCGUGAAAUUACAAAUCAAGAAGGCCGAAAUUGUCAUCGAAUUCGGAGAGAAUUCGAACGCUGUCAAAUGCGCCAGUAAAACUGAGCCCACUGCUCGGCCUGCGCACAAAGAAAUCCAACCAUCUUUCGACGCCAGAUACGAUUCUAACUGCGCGGGAUUAGCUAUCUCUCCGAGACGGAAAUUCAGCUCCGAAGAAUACCUGGAUUGCGACAAAGUUGCCAAUGAAUCCAACGAAUCGCCCACCAGUCGAUUAUUAAUUAACGAAGAUAAAGUUCCUCUCAACGUCUUCAAAGAAAAAUCUGUAUUGAAAGAUUGGAAAAGUAGCGAAGAUUUGGUAGGUGUUGGUAAGAGUGCCGAUCUAAAGUUUUAAAUUUUAUAGGUUUUUUAUACGUAAAUUCGUGCUAUUUUUUUUCUUUUUGUAUUAGUUCUUUUACUGUAAACAAAUUCAUAAUAAUUUUUAAGAAUACCGUUUUUGUUUUUGUUUUUUUUUUCAAUCAUUAUUUUUAAAUUUGCCGACAUUUUACUGUAUUAAGUGAGAAUUUUAGUGCUGUUUAACGUAUGUACGUACUACGAUGGUUUUAUGAUUCAACAUCAGGAAAAAGGAAGAACGAUAACGUGUACUUAAAAUGAUGUGAUAUUUUAGUUAUAAUCUGACAGUUCCCAUUAUUCGAUUAAGUAUUUCAAUUUUUCAACAUUUUCAUCGAUAUAUUAUAUAAAAUUUAAAUAUUUUGUAUAAAUAUUUUAUAUAUAUCUAUUACAUGUAUAAUCCGCUAUAACCAUGUAUAUUGUACCUUAUUGUUUUAAAUUUUAUCAUUUUUUCAUUUUCAUUAAAAUUACGUCACAUGGAUUGCGGUUUAACGAUGAGCGUAAAUUUGAUCCAAAUAUGAAAUAUGUACGUUGUACAAUUUAUACGAUUGUAAUUUUAUAACAUGAUGCGACUGAGUCGAUUGAA